AGACGGCCGAGGAGGUCUUAAUGACGUUAGCGCACCGCAACCUGGAUCGCCGUCGGCUGGGCGUUUGAUGGCCACCACGGUCUUGUCCCAUCCUGCGUUCAAGCGACCUGCCACUGCUGGUCUCCCACAAACUCAGAGGGCUCAAAGGCCGUCGCGGCCAAGGGCAGCACCGGAAGAAGGACCAAGUCAGCCUCGGAAAACCGAGACGAUUUCGAUUGAAGAAGACGAUGGCGAGGAGGAUGAAUUGCUGCGAGCCGAAGAUGAGAGGCAUGCCAAACAACGAGCCAUGGGAAAGGAGCCAGAAACGGGCAAGGCCGAUAUUGGGGAAGGUGAGUUGAAAAAGAAGAAGCAAGUUUACACAAUCCCGGUGGAGCAAGGGCUGGAUAUCGAGCAAAUCGUGGACCGGAUUUUGGAGAGUCAACGCGACUUGUUCACGCUCAAGGAAUUCUUGGCCUCGUCAUCGAAAAUCUUAGAGGAGUCCAGACACCGACUGUCAAGGAAAAAGGUGAUGACGGUUAAGAUGAGUGAUAUCUUUCCUCAAGAGAUUAGUUGGGCUCCGCCUGGGACAAAAAUGGACUGGCACUGUGUAGCGACUGGGUUGUUGAAGAUGCAAGUUGGGCCGUGCGAAUACUCGGCUCUCAUCGAUGAUGGGGCUGAAAUGAACAUCAUACGUGAAAGAGAAGCCAUGGGGGCAGGAGUGAACAUCAAUCGAGCGGAUACUGGAUUUUUGGUGGGUGCAAGUGGGAUAACUCCCUUUUGCGGAACAGCGAGUGACGUGACGGUACAGAAUUUGCAGAAGCUGAACUCGGUGACGGUUUGGGAUGCCGGAGGACUUCCACAUGCCGAUCAACUGUCUGAGUCAUGCGCAGGCAGACCUAUCAUCACUCUCAUUGAUUUGUACUCAGGAUAUGAUGAAUUCCUUUUCUAUACGGCAGACAGGCCGAUGACGGCCAUGCAUACGCCGAGGGGAUUAAUUCAUAUGUGUGCGGCGCCUCAGGGAUGGACGAAAGCUGUAGCAAUUGUUCAGAGAUAUAUGAUGAGAGUAAUGCAGCCACUUUGUCCGGACGUGACCUCACCUUAUAUCGAUGACUUGGCCAUACCUGGGCCGCGCGUGAAGGAUGAGACGAAGGUGCUGCGCGUUCGAAAGUUUGUUUGGGAGCACGUUCGUAACGUGGAGAAGGUCCUCUCCAAGUUAAAGGAGUACAACCUCACCGCCAGCGGUGUCAAGUCUCGGCAUUGUAUGCGUGAGGCAACUAUCUUGGGCUUCUUGUGUGAUGAGAAGGGCCGUCAACCAGAUUCCAAGAAGACAAACAAGAUUCUGGAAUGGCCGACCCCGCUUAAGUCCAUCACUGAUGUGCGCAGUUUUUUGGGGACUUGCGGAUUCUGGCGUAUCUUCAUUCGCAAGUCCGCAGCAAGGGUGGAGCACCUACGGAAGUUUGUCCAUAAAAAUCAGGAAUGGGAAUGGGGUCCAAAGCAGCAGGCGGCAGUCGACGACAUCAAGGCACAGUUCCGAGAAGAAGGGUUGAUCCUGGGGGUUCCGUACUUUGACAAUGACCCGAAUCGGCCCUUUGUGGUUUAGACGGAUGGAGGCCCCACAGCAUUGGGUGGAGUCCUCAUCCAAAAAGAUGGAGAAGGGCGAGAAAGGCCAUUGAGAUUUGAAAGU